GCAUCUCUGAUGUCUCUGUGUUUGUGUCUCAGGUCACCCUGCUGAUCGCCUUCAUCUGCGUCCGGAGCUCUCGGGUGAGCGACUACAGCGCCUUCAGCUACUUCGAAGUGGUCACCAUUUGCAACUUGAUCAUGAUCCUCGCCUUUUACCUGGUCCACCUCUUCCGCUUCUACCGUGUGCUCACCUGUAUCAGCUGGACCCUGUCGGAGCUCCUGCACUAUUUAAUUGGCACCCUGCUCCUGCUGGUCGCCUCCGUCGUGGCAGCCUUCAAGAGCUACAACCUGAGUGGAUUGGUCGCAGGAGCGGUCUUUGGUUUCAUGGCCACCUUCCUCUGCAUGGCAAGCAUAUGGCUGUCCUACAAGGUCUCAUGUGUGACCCAGUCCACAGACGCAGCCGUCUGAUGAGGCCGCAGCCGCGGGGCCCCUGGGGAGCUCUGCAGUGACCAGUGACCCCAGGCAAGGCCUCUAGACCUGUGUGCACCCGUGUUCCUGUACCAAAGGCCUGCCGGGCUGGUGACGCCAGAAAAGGCCUGUGCCUUCCGCCCGCUCUUCCAAGAAGCCGGUUCCCUGAGCUCCUGAGCUGGCCGGGGUCUCGGGCUCCAGUCUUCCUUGGAGAACAUUCCUUCCCUUCUGGGAAAGGAAAGUGGCUGCAGGGGAAAUCUGUUCUCUGCCUUCCUGCUUCUGGAACCAUCUCAGGUCCUGAUGAGCCCUCUCAGCACAAGGGAGGGUCUGUGAACACAACCCUCCUGGUAAAUCCGCCUCUGCCUCACACUCCUCAGGGGGUGAAGCUGCCUUAAGGCCUCAUCAAAACAAAGCCACCUCCGAAUUUAUCCAGCUCGUCCGUCUGGCCCUGAAGAUACUCUCUUCCUUAUAGUGAGGCGUGCCUGUAGCACUGUGUGGUCCGCCUGUCCCCACAGAGGAUGGCGCGUGUCUCCUUUCCCUGGUUCUGCCUUUGUUACUCCUUCAUGCGUGUGUGUGUGUUUUUUUAAUAAAAUAUUGAUUUGGCCAGUUG